CUACGGAGUAUUUUUUUAAGCUCUUCGUUCUUGGCCUUCUCAAAACCCUAGUCUUCACAACCCGGCGCUGCGCAGUGCUAGAGACAGAAGGCGAGAGGAAAAGCCGCAGCCAUGAGUCUUGUAGCGAAUGAGGAUUUCCAGCACAUUUUGCGUAUCCUGAACACCAACGUUGAUGGAAAGCAGAAGAUAAUGUUCGCUCUCACUUCCAUCAAAGGUAUUGGUCGCAGGUUCGCCAACAUCUGCUGCAAAAAAGCCGAUAUCGACAUGAACAAAAGGGCUGGUGAGCUUUCUUCUGCUGAGAUUGAUAACUUGAUGACAGUUGUGGCAAAUCCUCGCCAAUUCAAGGUCCCUGACUGGUUUCUGAACAGACAAAAAGACUAUAAAGAUGGAGGUUAUUCACAGGUUGUGUCCAAUGCCUUGGAUAUGAAGCUAAGGGAUGACCUUGAGCGUUUGAAGAAAAUUAGGAACCACCGGGGUCUCCGACACUACUGGGGUCUUCGUGUACGUGGUCAGCACACCAAGACGACUGGACGUAGGGGAAAGACUGUUGGUGUCUCUAAGAAGCGUUGAGCUCUCUUUUGGUUUCAGUUCUAUUUUAAUUUUUGUUCCUCUAUUAUGAUGUCUUCGGGAAUGAACAUUUUGGUUAUAUGCGCUAGCUCUGUUUUCUCACUACAGUACUGGUUGAGCUUGAAUGAGCUCAAUAUGAUUUCUUAGAUGAUUUUGGAACAAAUAUCUUCGAUUUUGAUUGUUAAGCCUAAUGUUUGUUUUUUUUUUU